ACUAUAAAAUAUUAAAUUCGCGACGAUCCUAAUUACACAUUGUCAUCUUUAGUUUUACAUUUACGAAUGAACAGCUUCCGGAUAACUUCGUGAUGUUUAUAUCACCUUGACCUUUAUGUGGUAAAUUUUGGCACGUGUGUUUCGGGAAGAUCAGUCAAAUAUUUUUGUUGACAUGUCUUUACGCAUACAUUUCGAAUACUGCUUAUAACAUUACAAAUCAACUUCUACACAAUAUCUGUUCAAAACAAGAGAUGUCUGUUAACCAUAUUUUUCAAAACCUCAAGUGUUUUAGUUGUACCACCAGUGUUGCGUCUUUGAAACAUGUCAAAUUCAAAUCCACUGUCUCCAGGACACAUUUUAGAACUUUUACGAAUACACCACACUGGAAUCAACACAAUCCUAAACAAUUGUCAGAAAAAUGGACACAACCUACAGGCUUUGACACUGGCAUCAGUGUUUGGAAUAGUCUGACUAAAACCAAGUGCCCAUUAAUUUUGCAGCACCAGCAUACAGCAACAUGGUACCUGUGUGGCCCUACUGUCUAUGACUCGGCACACCUUGGACAUGGAAGCACCUACAUGCGGUUUGAUAUCUUACGUCGAAUCCUGACAGACGUUUUCGAUAUUGACAUCACACUGGCUAUGAGUCUGACAAAUAUUGAUGACAAGAUUAUCAAUAGAGCCAAUGAGCUUGGACUUCCGUUUACUUACUUGGCGUGGAAUAAUGAAAUUGAGUUCUUUGACGACAUGGCGACUCUGAACAUUCUUCCACCAACCGUUGUCAUGAAAGUCACAGAGCAUGUUCCACAGAUCAUCGACUUCAUCAGGAAGCUAGAGUUCAAAGAGUUUGCUUAUUCCGUACCGAGUGGUAGUGUUUUCUUUGAUGUGUCAAAGUAUUCAAACUAUGGUGAACUCUCCUCUCAAGCACUGCAGCCAGAGGCCGUGGAGUCAGAUGACUCGGAGAAGAGGAAUCCACGUGAUUUUGCUCUCUGGAAAGCAGCAAAACCUGGGGAACCCCACUGGCCAGCACCUUGGGGAAAUGGUCGACCAGGGUGGCAUAUUGAAUGUUCUACAAUGGCCAGUACUUUGUUUCAUGACAAGAUGGACAUACACUCUGGUGGUGAAGAUCUCCUGUUUCCACAUCACGAGAAUGAACUUGCCCAGUCUCAGGCCUAUCAUGGGUGUACUCAGUGGGCCAACUAUUGGUUACAUUCAGGUCACCUCUAUCUGAAAGGGGAUACAGACAAAAUGUCCAAAUCACUGAAAAACGUCAUCACUAUUUCGGACUUUCUUCAGAGCUACACAGCUGAUCAGUUCCGACUCUUUUGUCUACUUACACACUACAAAAGUAGAAUUGAAUACAGUGAAGAAUCGAUGCACAAAGCUAUUAGUUUAGACAAGCAAAUCAUCAACUGUCUCAGUCAUUGUGAUUCAUACAUCAGAGGCCAGCUUUUGUGUCAGCCUCUUAAUGAAAUCAAGCUGAGAACAAAGUUAGAAUCAACAAGGGAGAAUGUGGACAAGGCACUGCGUGAUGAUUUUAAUACACCUCUUGCAAUGGAAGCUAUCAUGGAUCUGAUCAAACAAGUCAAUAUUAAAUUGGGCAGGAAAACAGAGACCUCUCUUGGUGGGAGAAACCCUGCUAUCGUGUCACAAUGCAGUGCCUACCUGAAGAGAGUACUUAGGCAGUUUGGAAUGCUUCUAAGACCAGAGGUAGUACCUGAAUGUACACAAGAUCAACGGUUCACCUAUGUUGUUGAUAGUGCCGUGAAAUUCCGUUCCAAAGUGAGAUCCUUUGCAGUUGAUGCUCCAACCAACAUUUCAGUCUCCACUGAUACAUCGAAGACUGUCACUGCACCUUUGCUGGAAGCCUGUGAUGAGUUUAGAGAUGAAAUGAAAACAUUCAGUGUACAGAUUCUGGACCACGGCAAAAAUUCCACAUGGACACAAGCACACGACCCCAAGGAAUAGAAAGUGAAUUUGUGAUAUGCAAAUAUGGAUUAUUUAAACAAGACACUUUGAAGGCUAUUGAUUUUACUUGGAGCCUGUUUUAAAAACAUUUAAACAAGUGCUAUUUCAUUUCCAGCUCUUAUGUGCCAUUUACUAACACCAUCAUGCAAUAAUGAAUAAUUUAGACAUCAAAAUAGCCAUUAUCCUAUUACUGAAGUAUUGUAGCCUUUAUUUGCUGCUUGUAUAUUUUGUCAACAAUAUUAAGUUUCAAUAUUCUGUCAUUCUUCAAUUUGGUUCUAAUGAUGUCAUUACACGAAAACAAAACAUUUUCUUCAAUUUGUUUAAAGUAACAGACCCUAGUUUUUAAACUCUGUGGCAUAUUUUUCACUAUUGGAGCCGUUUUUGGUAAUUGAAAUCAGACAUUACUUACAUUACUUAUUGUUAGAUUGUUAAUUUCUGUGUUUCUGUCCAUGCAGGUGUUUCUAAAUGCCACAAAAUUUAUUUUUCACAAUUCUAAAAAUGCAUUUACCUCUGAGAAGUAACAGCUAUGGAGAAAGGUUCUUGUCUAAUUUUACAAGGGUAUUUGCCCAUUUCAAUGUCGCAGAAUCUUGUUUCACUCUAUUGUAAUGGGGUGGGGGUGGGAGACAUAGCCCAGUGGUAAGGCGCUCACUCGAUGCACGGUCAGUGUGGGAUCGAUCCCAUUGGGCUAUUUCUCGAUCCAGCCAAUGCA